UUUUGAGUUUCCGUUUAGAUGUGAAAUCGUUAAAUAAUAUAUUAUACCUCAGUGAUUGAAAUGUUACGUCGCUUUAUAUUCGAGUUUUAUUUAAUUUUUAAAUUAAACCGCGCUUUCGUGUGAUUUCCGGCGGUGUUAACAGAUUCAUCCCAUUCACGUUAACAACACGUUAACAACACGUUAACAACACGUUAACAACAACCCUUUUAAUUCCAGUUUCACGCUGGAUUACUGCGAGUAUUCGGGUUAUUUCCGAUUUCGGAGUUCACGUGAACGCUCUAAAGCCGGAAGUAGGUUAGACAAUUCCGAUUUCCGAGUUAUCCUGAACACACACACACACACAUAAAGCAUAGAAAGUGCCUCCGAGUGAGCUUGUUGAAAAUGUAUGCAAAUUUAUAUGUAUAUUUUUUUAACAAAAAAAACAGCAUUUUUGCAGUGUUUCUAUAUUUUUGUUGCGCUUUUUUAAUUUUCACAAACGAGGAAGUGAAAGUAUCCAAACAGGUGAGGCGUUAGUCUUGGCCACGCCCAUCCCGGAAAAUUGGCGAUAUUUUGAUUUUAAGGUGACGUGGAUACCGCAGCUAGUCGCCUCCUCUUGAGGCGUUUGGAUGCGGUACAGAAGUAAACCGACCUGUUUGUUUGGUUGGGUUUUUUUGUGGGUUUUUUUUUUUUUUUUUUGGGGGGGGGGUUAAGAUAUGUGGAUACAUGCACAUCUUCAGUAGUGACUAUACGGAGAUAAAGAAAGAACACCACUGCUUUUCCUGCCCCCGAGGAGGAUUUCUGGAUUUCAGGCAGCGGAAACAGGGACCACGAUGGCGACUCCAGGCUGGAUCCUGGGCUCUCGGCUACCUCUUCUGUGCCUUCUGUUCCUACAACUUGCCUGGACAGCCACUUACAAGGAAGGCGAUCCCGUCAUGCUUUACGUGAAUAAAGUAGGGCCUUACCAUAACCCCCAGGAAACCUACCAUUAUUAUACCCUCCCUGUCUGCAGACCCAAAGAGGUGCGCCAUAAAGCCUUAAGUCUGGGAGAGGUUUUGGAUGGCGACAGGAUGGCAGAGUCUUUAUACAACAUCCGCUUCAGGGAGAACACUGAAAGACAAACACUUUGUCAGCUCACGCUGUCCGAGAAAGAUGUGGAUCAGUUGAGAGAAGCAAUCGAAGAGCUGUAUUACUUUGAAUUUGUCCUGGAUGAUAUUCCAAUCUGGGGCUUUGUGGGAUAUAUGGAGGAAAGUGGUUUCCUGCCUCACAGUCACAAGGUUGGGUUGUGGACCCACUUGGACUUCAAUAUUGAGUACAAUGGCAACUCUGUGAUCUUUGCCAACGUGUCUGUUAAAGACGUGAAGCCGGUGCCUCUGGAGGAGGGCGGACAUGACGGGGUAGACGGCAAUAGUGGAGGUCUCUCGGUGACCCACACCUACAGCGUCCACUGGUUCGAGAGCCACUUGCCCCCAUCGCGCAGAGCCGAGCGCCUCCGGGACUACUCCUUCUUCCCGAAGACUCUGGAGAUCCACUGGCUGUCAAUCAUCAACUCGUUGGUGCUGGUGGUGCUGCUGCUAGGCUUCGUUAUCAUCAUCCUUAUGAGGGUGUUAAAGAACGACUUUGCCAGAUAUAACGUAGAAGAAGAUGGGAGCUGCGACGAUCUGGAUCAGGGUGAUAACGGCUGGAAGAUCAUUCACACAGAUGUCUUUCGAUUUCCAUCAAACAAAAGCUUGCUGUGCGCCGUGCUUGGAGUAGGAGCUCAGUUUCUUACUUUGGCCACUGGAAUCAUCAUCAUGGCAUUGCUCGGGAUGUUUAACGUUCAUCGGCAUGGAGCCAUAAACUCUGCAGCGAUCGUACUGUAUGCGCUGACUAGCUGUGUGUCGGGAUACUGCUCGUGUAGCUUCUACACCCAGAUCCAUGGCCACCGCUGGGUUUGGAACAUCAUCCUCACCUCCACCCUUUUCUCCGCCCCUCUCUUUCUGACCUGGAGUGUAGUAAACUCUGUACACUGGUGGAGUGGUUCCACACAGGCACUCCCCGCAUCUACAGUGCUCCUGUUGCUAGGGGCAUGGGUGCUAGUGGGUUUUCCCCUUACAGUCAUUGGGGGAAUUGUGGGGAAGAACCGGGCCGGCAGCUUUCAGGCUCCGUGUCGCACACGCAACAUUCCCCGCCAGAUCCCAGAGCAGCGCUGGUACAAACACACAGCCGUGCACAUGGCCAUCGGAGGAUUCCUGCCUUUCAGUGCCAUCUCAGUGGAGCUCUACUACAUAUUUGCGACCGUGUGGGGUCGGGAGCAGUACACGCUUUACGGCAUCCUGCUCUGCGUCUUUGCCAUCCUGCUGUCUGUGGGAGCCUGCAUCUCUGUGGCGCUCACCUACUUCCUGCUUUCGGGCGAAGAUUACCGCUGGUGGUGGCGAAGCAUCCUGAGUACGGGAUCCACCGGCCUAUUCAUAUUUGUCUACUCGCUUUUCUACUAUUGGAAUCGGUCGAGCAUGAGCGGUCUAGUGCAGAGCAUGGAGUUCUUCGGCUAUUCCUUACUCACCGCGUUCGUGUUCUCACUCAUGCUCGGGACUGUUUCGUUCUGGGCCUCGCUGGCAUUUAUCCGUUACAUCUAUCGCAGCCUGAAGAUGGACUGAACGAUGCUGGCUGGCGAAUAACAUUCAUGCACUAGCACCCCCCCCCCCCCCCACACACACACACACACACACACACACACACGCGUACACUUUUCUUUUUUCUACCCCCCCUCCCCGUCGCCGGACGCCAGUUUUUCGGACGUCGAAAUGGAAGAGGGUUAUUUUUCGGGAAAUGGAGUAUAAACCGUCUCUUUAAAACAUUUUGUGAAUUUUUUUUUUUUUUUUUUUUUUUCUUUUUUCUCGAAGAGAGACCGACGCUUGAUCACAUAGUUUAGUUAAAUUAUACGAUCUACGACGUGCAUCUGAACGACAUGAAAGCAGAGUGGGAAACUACUGCAUGUCCAUUUGUUACUCCGUUGCACCAAAAGUUUACUGAAAUCGAAUCUGACUUGUUUAGUAAUGGUAUUUGGUUUGUCCAGUGCAUAGUGCAUACAAUACUCGGAUGAACAGUUUAAAAUGAAAUCACAGAAGUAGUACUUUAUAGGUUAUGGGAUGUAAGUGUCAUAUCGAUGGUGGAUGUAUGUAUGUGUGUAUAUAAUGUACAUACAUAUAUAGAUGCAUAGGUGUUAAAUUUCGGGGGGGGUUUACGUGGCAUGGACAAUACGGUUGUGGCAUUGAGUUGCGCGUCAAACGUUCAUAAAGGGAAUAGUUUUAGAAAGGGUAUUUAUGACGACGAAGUGG